CUGUGGGGCACCUGAGAUGGGUUGUUUGGCUGCUUAAUAAGAAGCGAAUUCUCCAAUGGGAAAACAACCCUAUUCUCAUGCAUCACAUGACCAUUGAAGGAGAACGAGAUGCUAAUGACAGCAGUUGAAGGGGAGGCAUUUCAAAAGCAAAUCUCUUAGAGAGACUGGACCCACUUUAGUGCUCAGUUGCUGAUAAAGAACAAGGAAAGACUGAGUGGGCCUGGUGAGCAGAAACCUGGCCACCUGUGUCCUCCACGUUGGUGACCUUCUUUGCCUUGAUCACCUGAGAAGGAUCCCAAAUUCUUAUUCCAAGUUCUUUCUUUGGUGACAUUGGCUGCUUUUCUCAAAACCAUCAUUUCAAGUCUCAGGAGGAACUGUGAGGCCUGUUCCAGCGUUUUUCCUUGGUAUUUCUGGACAUGAGUACAUCUUAUUGAAAUAUUCCCACCUCUACUUAUAGAUAAGGAAAAACCUUGGAGCACCUCAACCCUCUGAGUGAACAGGACUGAAUGACUGACUGUGUUUUUGCUUCCUGUUUGAUGUCAACUAAAUAGAAGUUCCCAAGACUCUUAUAGAACCCGUUGAUCUCACAGAAUUUUUGCAUGACAGAUGAGCAGCCGCCAUAGGAAGGACAUGUCUGACGCUCACACUCACAGCAGCCCCCUCCUGGCGGAGCCUCUUUCCAGCAGAUACAAACUCAACGAGUCAGAGUUUACCAGUCCCAGCUGGCCCUCAAACCCCCAGGAUACCCACCCCGCCCUGCCCCUUCUGGAAAUGCCUGAAGAAAAGGAUCUCCGGUCUUCCAAUGAAGAAAGCCACAUUGUGAAGAUUGAAAAACCCAAUGAGAAGGGUAGAAGACGAGAAAGCCAGAUAGCCCCUCAGGGCUCUGCAGGCCAGGGAAGCAUCAGCCUCUUUCAGGCAGUGGGCUACCUCACAGGCGAGAUGAAGGAAUGCAGGAGCUGGCUGAAAGAUAAACCUCUGGCCCUCCAGUUCACAGACUGGGUUCUGAGGGGGGCUGCUCAGGUGGUGUUCGUCAAUAAUCCUCUCAGCGGGCUCAUCAUCUUCAUAGGACUCCUGAUCCAGAAUCCAUGGUGGACAAUUGCUGGGGGUCUGGGGACAGUGGUGUCAACUUUAACUGCUCUUGCCUUGAGCCAGGACAGGGCUGCCAUCGCCUCAGGCCUCCACGGGUACAACGGAAUGCUGGUGGGGAUGCUGAUAGCUGUGUUCUCUGAGAAGUUAGACUAUUACUGGUGGCUUCUGCUUCCUGUGACCUUCACAGCCAUGUCCUGCCCCAUCCUCUCCAGUGCUUUGGGUUCAAUCUUCAGCAAGCGGGACCUCCCAGUCUUCACCCUGCCCUUCAACAUCGCCGUGACCCUCUACCUGGCAGCCACAGGCCCCUACAACCUCUUCUUCCCCACGACGCUGGUGGAGCCUAUGUCUUCAGUGCCCAACAUCACCUGGACAGAGAUUGAGAUGCCUUUGCUGCUGCAGGCCAUCCCCGUCGGAGUUGGGCAGGUGUAUGGCUGCGACAAUCCCUGGACAGGUGGCGUGUUCCUGGUGGCCCUGUUCAUCUGCUCACCACUCAUCUGCUUGCAUGCAGCCAUUGGCUCAAUCAUAGGAAUACUAGCAGCCCUGACCGUGGCCACGCCCUUCGAGACCAUCUACCUGGGCAUCUGGAGCUACAACUGUGUCCUCUCCUGCAUUGCCAUUGGGGGCAUGUUCUAUGCCCUCACCUGGCAGACCCACUUGCUGGCCCUCGUCUGUGCCCUGUUCUGUGCAUACCUAGGAGCAGCCUUGUCCAACAUUAUGUCAGUGGUUGGUGUGCCACCAGGUACCUGGGCCUUCUGCCUCUCCAGCCUCAUCUUCCUGCUCCUGACAACCAACAACCCCGCCAUCUACAAGCUCCCGCUCAGUAAAGUCACCUACCCAGAAGCCAACCGCAUCUACUACCUGACACUGAAAAGCAGUGAAGAUCAGAAGUCCCCCAGUGGCAGUGCUGGGGGGCAGCCACCCACGACGAGCCCAAAGGCCAGUGAGGGCUCAGAGGUUGUGCUCCCCAAGCCUAGGAACGUGUUCCACAUCGAGUGGUCAUCCAUUCGCAGGAGCAAAGUGUUUGGAAAAGGUGAACACCAGGAGAGGCACACCAAACACCCUUCUCCCCAUCAGUUCCGGAAGCCCGAGGUCGAGUUGCUGGAUCUGGACACCAUGGAGGAGAGCUCUGAAAUAAAGGUGGAAACAGGCAUCUCCGAGACUUCCCGGAUUCGGAGUUUCCUGGCUGCCAAUGGGAAGAGGGUCCGCAAAGCCCUCGGCUACAUCACUGGAGAGAUGAAGGAGUUUGGAGAGGGACUUAGAGACAAAUCCCCAGUGUUCCAGUUCCUCGACUGGGUCCUCCGGGGCACAUCACAGGUGAUGUUUGUGAACAACCCCCUCAGCGGCAUCCUCAUCAUCCUCGGCCUCUUCGUCCAGAACCCCUGGUGGGCCAUCUCGGGCUGCCUGGGCACUGUCGUGUCCACUCUGACGGCCCUCAUCCUCAGUCAGGACAAGUCUGCCAUCGCAGCCGGACUUCACGGUUACAACGGGGUGCUGGUGGGGCUGCUGAUGGCCGUGUUCUCAGACAAAGGCAACUAUUACUGGUGGCUUCUCCUCCCCAUCAUCGUUAUGUCCACGUCUUGCCCCAUCCUCUCCAGUGCCUUGGGUUCCAUCUUCAGCAAGUGGGACCUCCCAGUCUUCACGCUGCCUUUCAAUAUCGCCGUGACCCUGUACCUGGCGGCCACGGGCCCCUACAACCUCUUCUUCCCCACCACGCUGCUGCAGCCUGCUUCCUCCAUGCCCAACAUCACCUGGUCAGAGGUCCAAGUACCCUUGCUUUUGAGAGCCAUCCCUGUUGGAAUCGGCCAAGUGUACGGCUGUGAUAACCCCUGGACUGGAGGCAUUUUCCUCAUAGCUUUGUUCAUCUCGUCACCUCUCAUUUGCUUACAUGCUGCGAUCGGAUCUACCAUGGGGAUGUUAGCAGCCCUCACCCUGGCGACACCCUUCGACUCCAUCUACCUCGGCCUGUGCAGCUUCAACAGCACGCUGGCCUGCAUCGCCAUCGGAGGCAUGUUCUACGUCCUCACGUGGCAGACACACCUCCUCGCCAUUGCCUGCGCUCUGUUUGCAGCCUACCUGGGUGCUGCCCUCGCUAACAUGUUAUCUGUGUUUGGAUUACCUCCCUGUACCUGGCCCUUCUGCCUCUCAGCACUCACCUUCCUGCUCCUGAAGACCAACAACCCCACCAUCUAUAAGCUCCCGCUCAGCAAAGUCACCUACCCAGAGGCCAACCGCAUCUACUACCUGUCUCAGGAGAAAAACAGAAGAGCAUCAUCCGUCACAAAGUACCAGGCCUACGAUGUCUCCUAAGUUGCCCUUUUCAAAGCAUGUCACUAUAAAUGCAGCCUCAGCAGGCUGUCCAGGUCCCCAGGCCGAAAGCCACUUAAACUCUCUUUUUCACUGUUCUGAUUAUGCCCCAACAUGCCUACACCCCAGUUAUUCUCAACGACAGGGAAAUAUGCAUGCACUCACUAUUCAGGAUAAUCUCUGUUCUAAAGUGCAUAAUACUUAUCAAAAAUACAGUUAAUUUAGGAGUUCUCUUGUGCUACAGUGGGUUAAGGAUCUGGUGUUGUCA